ACUCAGAUGGGCAGUGCCUGGGUCCACGGCCCUGCAGUUCUGAUGCAAACCACGUAGCCCAAGAUCCCCCCGGGGUUCCUGGCUGCACUUCUCCACCUUUAUUGCUCCGCUUCCUUGCUGAAGAGAGAGGUGUGCAGGAAGCUGUUCCAGCAGCCGGGAGCAGUGGCCGGAGCAGCAGCAAAGACGGCAGCAGGCGCAGCGCCGGCACCCUCCAAAUUGGGACUCUAGCCCUUUAAAUCUUCUCAGUUACCAAAAAAGAAGAGGCAUCAGACCCUGUUAAUUAAAGCUCGCCCUGGUCCAUCAUUCUGAGGAGCUGCAGUGCUCUGCUCCUUCCUGAUGGCUUAGAGAUUCUCCUUAACUCCCAGCCAUGGAUCUUGGAGAAUUUCCCCUGAGAUCAGCAGGAGAAUCUCAGCGUCUCUGCUGACGUUCCCUUGGUGUACUCACAAAUCUCUCUGAGAACAUCGCCCUGGACCCCCGAUGCGGCUGCCUGAGCAACCUGGAGAGGGGAAGCCUGAGAAUGAGGAAAAGGGGGGCAGAGGAGCCCCCGGAGGGGGAGAGGAGCCGCUGAGGACCCGGGCCCCCGACUUACCCGCUUGGGAGAAGAUGCCUUUUCACCAUGUGACCGCCGGCCUGUUGUACAAGGGGAAUUACCUCAACCGAUCCCUCUCUGCUGGCAGCGACAGCGAACAGCUGGCUAACAUCUCUGUGGAGGAGCUUGACGAGAUCCGAGAGGCCUUUCGGGUUCUGGACCGAGACGGCAAUGGCUUCAUCUCCAAGCAGGAGCUGGGAAUGGCCAUGCGCUCGUUGGGGUACAUGCCGAGUGAGGUGGAGCUGGCCAUCAUAAUGCAGCGCCUGGACAUGGACGGGGAUGGUCAGGUGGAUUUUGAUGAAUUCAUGACAAUUCUUGGCCCCAAACUGGUGUCUUCAGAAGGUCGCGAUGGUUUUCUUGGAAACACAAUAGACAGCAUAUUCUGGCAGUUUGACAUGCAGAGGAUAACUCUGGAAGAGCUGAAGCACAUCCUCUAUCACGCCUUCCGGGACCAUUUGACGAUGAAGGACAUUGAGAACAUCAUCAUCAAUGAGGAAGAGAGCCUGAAUGAGGCCUCGGGGAGCUGCCAGACGGAGUUCGAGGGAGGUAGGUGCCUCUGUAUCUGCUCCCCGCCUGGUCUGGGAUAGGCCGGCCCUUCCACAUCCUCUGUAUGAAAAAUGUGUUUUACAGUCUCUUGGGCCGAAGUGGCCUUGGACAGAAGUCACAAAUCCAGGACCGAGGUUAACAGAUCCUUUUUGCCAAGAUGUAGUAGGUUUCUUUUUUUUCUAUUUUUUUCCCCCAACUCUGCAUUUUUGCAAGACCUGCAUUGACCCUUCCUUCCUCCGGUGACCCUGAGGUCUGUGACUUGAUGCGUGGCUUUGUGGUGUUGGCCUUUAUUUAGUGGGGGCUGCGUGGGGUGAUGUAGGGAGCCUGUCUGAGCUGUCCGCAAACCUGGAUCAAGUCCAGUGGCUAAUUGUGUGACCUUGGGCAAGGGGUGUAUCUUCUCUGAAUGAGUUUCCUCACCUAUAAACAUCAGGAUAAUGACACCUACUUCACAAGAUCCUUAGGAAUUAAUUACCUCUAUAUUCUAUGCUCUCUGAAUACACUGGCCAACAAAAGCCCUGCUCAUG